CCCAUUCACUACCUUAUAUACGUUGUAAACCUCUAAACCUAGUACUCAUAUCAUAUCAUUAUUGUGUCUUCCCAUUUGAGUUGUAAUUGAACAUGUCAAAUGAUGUCCCAGCUGAAUCAACCACAUCGGUUCCUUCUACUCCCAAUGUCGAAACACCCCCUAUCCAAAUUGAAUCUACCACUGCAACAGUAAAGAAAAUGAAGAGAGAAAACAUGUUGAAGAUAUUGUCUCUAAGUUUGAGAUGGUUGAGUUUUGUAUUCUCGUUUGUCGCUUUUGUUGUCAUGGCCUCCAAUCGACAUGGAGAGAGGUUUAAUUUUGAAGAUUUUGAAGAAUACAGUUACUUGUUGGCAAUUGCAAUUAUCUCCGUUGUAUACACAGCCUACCAAGGAAUUCGAGAAGUCAUUCAAUUUGUUACUAAAAAAGAUACGUUCCCUCAACCAGCUUUUGUCAUCAUUGACUUUGUUGCAGAUCAGGUUUUGGCAUAUUUAUUGAUAUCUGCAGCAUCAGCAGCAGUUCCAUCGACAAAUAGAGGAAGAAAAACAGAUGAUUUGGUGUUCACAAUUAUAAAGAAGUUUUUUGAUAUGGCAGCUGCUUCCAUUAGCAUGGCUUUCUUGGCCUUCUUUACCUCUGCACUUUCUCUCCUCAUUUCUGGAUACAAACUUUCUGCUCACUUUUUUCGCUAAAUUGUGUAUCAAAUAAUAUCCUCAAACCUUUACCGUUAAUUUCUUUUUAAAAUGUCCUAAUCAUACUUUUCAAAGUUGCAAUAUUAUAACCCUUCAACUUUUAUAAAUAUUUCAAUUCAAACAUAAAAUAAAAUUUACUUGAAAACUAUUUGAUCAUUAUCUAAAAUGAUGUGAUCAUCUAAAUUUUCAAUCAAAAAGGUUACUAUCACACAAUUUCAUUUCUCAAUUUCCUUCAACUCCAACGUAUUUUUAAACUGGCAAUAUUGUAAUUUUUUAAAGUAAAGAGGUGGGUGUUUUUUAUUUUUUUUUUAAUUUUAAAUUUUAUGAUUGUAACAGUUUUUUUCAUAUAAUUUGGUCAGUAAUGUCUUGAUUGGAUUG